AUGAGUUUUGACAACAAUUUGUUUGAUUAUGUGAUCGAAGAGCACAAGACUAAUGACUCGAGAUUAGAGCAUAAUUGGGAUGCAAUCAAUGGAUUCACAUAUUCUGAGACGGAUUCUCAUGAAAACAUGUUAUCAAAUGUGAGGAAUAGUAUCCAUUACUUCAUAUACAACUCAAGCGAAACCAUUGACGUGCAAAAGGCUGACACAAUCUGUCGACAGAGAAAUUUGCGUUUACUUACUGUUCAUAAUAAAAAUGUUGACAACUAUUUGGUGGAUGUGUUGACCAAGAGUUCGCCGCAACUCUUUUGGAUACGUUUAAGUAAUUUACUCAAAAUCAAUAGUCAUUACCACUGGAGCGAGCGGUCGGCCAAAGAUUUUAGUAGUUUUCAAAAUAAGGGUUUAAACAAAAGGGAUGCCAUUAGGUGUGUCACCAUUGAUAGGGAGACUGGAGCUUGGAAUCAGACCAACUGUAAUGACAGCGCCUUUGGUUUUAUGUGUUCCCCGUCUGGCCCUCAAUCACCAUAUAAUCUGAGGCGAAGAAUCAAAAAGAUUGCAAACAUUUUCGGAAGCACUGAAUGGAGUGCACAACCUGUUGCACCCCAACCCACACCCAGCAAAUGCAAUAUAUCGGGCCUUAAAUGGGAUGAUAGCAUAAAAUAUGGCGAUUCUUGUUAUCUAUUUAUGACUCAAACGCCUCUCAGUUGGACAGAAGCUCAGGAAGAAUGUCAGCGAAUGAGCGGAUCUAAUCUCACGUCAAUCGUAGAGCUCUCUGAAUAUGAUUUUAUUACAAAUAAGCGCACAGUUAACCUGACCUUCUGGGCUCCCAAACAACCCAAUCUUAUGUCAAAGGGUUUGGAUAAUACCUGUGUUUUCAUGGACACAGAGUCCGGGGAAUGGAGUUUAAGUUUGUGCUCAGAGAAGAGAUCAUUCAUUUGUAAGACAAGCGAAGUUCACUCAACACCCAAACACAAAGACCAUUACCAACACGUCUGUCCCGAGUUGACUGAAGAGCAAAGCUGGUCUAAUUUGGACAGGGAUUCAGAGUAUUGCUAUUUAUUUAGUUCAGACUUUGAGCCAAACCUACUAAAGACCACAUGGAGUGAAGCCUCGGAAAAGUGUCGAUCACUCAACUCAACACUUUUGUCACUCCAUUCCUAUCAUUUGAAUUCAAUGUUCAAAAUGAGAGAUAGGAUACGAGAUAAUACUUGGAUUGGUUUACAUGAGACUGAGCAUGGUUACUAUGAAUGGGACGACAAGUCUGCACUGGACUUCACUAAUUGGGAUAACGAGGCAAACGGUAUAAAUAGUGACAAAAAGUGUGUAUCAAUCAGGCCAUCGGACCUAAAGUGGACAUUAAAUCCGUGUUUCGACACCUCAUAUGUCUAUGACUUUAUAUGUGCGACAAGAAAAUUACAAUUAAUUGGUGUGAGGACUGAAUUGACACCAAUUAUCACGAGUACUGAAUCAGAUGCACACGCGUUAGGUGUGGACGAUAGUGACUGGGAUACGGCAAAAGUGAUCAAAUUGUGUUUUAUAAUCAUAGGUGCGGUGAUUGGUGUUAGUAUUUGUGUGAACCUGUACUUUGUGUGGAAGAGGGGCACACUGAGGAACUGGAUGAAUAGGAAUCGUAAUAUGAAUUCAAUUGAACAAAACGGGAGCUCCAGUUCCGGGAGUUCUCAACAAAGCAUUGAUAGCUAUAGUGAAGCCAUGGAAAGGAGGCGACGAUUCAAUGAUGUACUCAACUCAAGUGAUCCUAACGUUGUCUUCAUUUGGCUCCAUUUCCUCAUCCAGUCCUGUCGAGAGGAUAAGGUAUGUGACGAUCAAUUAUCGCGGGCUGUCCUCCAGUAUCUCAUGACAGGCAUCGGUGUAGUCGCACUCGUAUUCUCGUCGGCUACCGAUAGCAUUUGGAGGGAUUUUGAUAUUUUGGAUCUCUUUCUCAAUGAUACCCUUCAGUGCAUUACCGAUAAGACUGCGCGCCUGAGGGUUAAAAAUGGUGACAAAUCCGUUGGCGAUGGCGUUCACAAGAGGGGUCAGGAUCGAAAGGCCUGA